UGUAUUUAAUAUGUUUGUUAGUAAAUGUUAAUUAAAUAGAAAUGAAUGUGGAAUGUAUAUGAGGAAAUCAAAAAAGAAAAAAGAAUAAUGUACAAAGUAAAGAGGAAAUAAAUUUCAUCGAAUUUGUAAAGAUUAAUAAAAUUCAUUGACAAUGAAGAAAUAUCUGUUUUGGUUUGCUCAUGAACACAUUAAUUUUCGAUUACCUGAAAUGGAAUCUAUUUUUUAUAUGUUCGAUAUAAAAUUACCUUCAAUUUCUAAUAGAGACCAACCAUAUUGGAUAGUCGAUAUAUCAUCUGAAAAAAUUGUACAUAAAAUAGCUAGUAGGGCAGUAUCUCUUCGAUUUUGUCUUGAACUUUGGGCAAAUGGAAAGAAUAAUGAAGAAUUGCACAAUAAUUUAAAAACUUAUCCCAUAGAACAAAUUAAAUUGUACGCGGAUAAAGAGAAAUCGUUUAAAAUUAUUGUGGAAACAUUUUGUAAACAUUUUUCGCAGGGUGAAAAGAUACAGAAAAUUGAAUCUUUCAGUUAUUUACCAUUACAAGGACCUGUUAAAUUGAAGAAUCCAGAUACCACCUUAUAUUACAUAGAAUUUUAUGGCUUAGAUCCCAAUGAAAUUCCAGAUAAACCUUAUGAAUUAUUUUUUGGCAGAUGGAUCGCAGACGGACAAAGAGAUUUGAUACAAAAAUUUUCUUUAAAAAGGAGAAAAUUUAUAGGUAAUACUUCGAUGGAUCCUCAAUUAUCAUUGAUCAUGGCAAAUCAAGCCCAGAUUAAAACAGGAGAUAUCGUUCUUGAUCCAUUCGUUGGUACUGGUUCUUUAUUAGUUGCCGCUUCUCAUUUUGGGGGUUAUACAUUAGGAACAGAUAUAGAUUUUCUUAUGCUUCAUGGACGUACGAGACCUACUCGUAUAAAACAAAAAAUUAGGGAAAAGGAUGAAAAUGUGGCUGCAAAUAUGGAACAAUAUGGGAGAAGUUCUUAUUAUAUUGACGUUAUAAUAUCAGAUUUUUCUUAUCCUUUAUGGAAAUCAGAUAUGUUUAUAGAUGCUAUUAUUACCGAUCCACCUUAUGGUAUAAGAGAAUCAACUGAACGUAUAGGAACAAUGAAAGCAAAUCCUGUGAUUGAAGAACAUCAAGUAUCAACACAUAUUCCUUCAAAAGUUGAAUACGGUUUACCACAAAUAUAUAAAGAUUUAUUAAACUUUGCAGCGAAACACUUGAAGAUUACUGGUAGAUUAGUAUGCUGGUAUCCAAUAUUUAGAGAUCAAUAUUCCUCAGAUCAGUUACCUAUACAUCCUUGUUUACGAUUAAUAGCCAAUUCAGAGCAGGUUCUUAGUAAUUAUACAAGUCGUAUAUUAUUAACUUAUGAAAAAGUAAAAGAACCACAGGAGACCGAUGACAUAAAUUCUAUAUGUUUAACCGAUUUCCGAGAAAAGUAUUUUGCAUUAAGAGAAGAAACGCGGAAAGAAAGAAGAAUGAAAAAGGCUACAGAAAGAGCAAAGAAAAAAGAAGAUUGGGAAAAAAGUAAUGGAGAAAGUAUGGAAAGAUGACCAGACAAUGAUUUUUUAUCUAAUAGAUUUUUCAGCUGAUAUUUUAUAGCAUCUAUGUUGUUAUUAUCAACAUAGUUUAAUUAUUUUAAUUGAAAAGGAUAAAAUAUAUUUGUGUACUAUA